CAUAAAAACGUGUUACCUCCACAAUUCCUAAUAAAUAAAUUGUGAACAUAUCUUCCUCCCAAAUAUUUCCCCCCGAUCACCGCCGUUUCCAUUUUCCGGUCAAUUCGUAUAUAUAUACACAUACCCACUGCUCAUCCAGAACAGAACUUAUCUCUAAUUGCGGUUGAAAUGGCCACACAAGGGUUUGAAGGUAGUGUGCUAGCACUUAUCGAGAAUGUGAUGAUGCCUCUUCAUGAAGUGCUAAAUGCUGUAAGAAUGGUGAAGAAGGAAGCAGCUGACAAAAUCAAUCCGCUAAUCGUCACACAAGCUUCAUCACUUAGUUCUUUGCCAAUGGACACAUCGUCUGUGGAUUUUAUUGUAUCAAUGGGUAGAUCACAAGAUUUUCCGAGUGGAAAGUUGUUUGAGGAUCUUUCACGGGUUUUGAAGCCCGGUGGAGAAAUAUUUGUUCAUCAAACUCUUGAUGCUGCCAAAGAGAAUGCAACAUCUUCCCUGGAGCGCAAGUUAUUAGUUGCAGGAUUUUCUGAUAUUGAGGUUGUUCGGAUGGCAGAGGUAUUGUCUGAAGGUCUACAGUCUUUUGGGGUUAAGGGAAAGAAACCUUCAUGGAAGAUUGGUUCAUCUUUUUCACUUAAGAAGCCGGUGAAAACUUUACCAAAAGUUCUGGUUAAUGAUGAUAUGGAUCUUAUUGAUGAGGAUAGUCUCUUAUCUGAAGAGGAUUUGAAGAAGCCUGAGCUCCUACCUAUUGGGGAUUGUGAAGUUGGAAAAACAAAGAAAGCAUGCAAGAACUGUGUUUGUGGACGCGCCGAACAAGAGGAAAAAGUACAAAAGUUGGGAGUCACCAUGGACCAGCUUGAAAAUCCGCAGUCAGCCUGUGGCAGUUGUGGAUUAGGUGAUGCAUUUCGGUGCAAUACUUGCCCUUACAAGGGUCUUCCUCCUUUCAAGUUAGGCGAGAAGGUGACCUUAUCCAACAAUUUUCUGGCUGCAGACAUCUAAGAUCCGAAAGAAGAGGGACAUACUUGAGAUCGCAUAUGGUGUUGGCUGACUUUUGCGCAAUAGUUAAAAAUAUCUAGAUAUACUUCAUUUCCUUUUAUUGUUCGGUUGUUCCCUGUUCAUUGUGGAUAUGCGUUUCAUUUUGACUUGGCAUUAAUUUGAAAGUGAACCAAUGACAAAUAAUCCUUACAAGAAGCAAUUACUAAGCUAAUUUGUACAA